CUCCUUUCAAGUAAAGGGAUUUUUUAUCGUAAUAAAUUGAUAGUUUAAAAACGAUGUAAAAAAUAAUGUGACGUACAUGCACCCAUCGAGACUUAAAACAAGAAAGAUUGUCUUAAAGAAUAAUAAUAAAAAAAAUAAAAAAAAAUACAACCACAGGUUCUGUUGUUGCGACGAUGAUGUGAGAGAUCUGCGAACUGUCCAAUCAUUGGGCUGGCUUAUGCGUGCAAGCCAAUGGGAGAGCGGGAGGCGGGACUUGUCACAAUGCGGCUAGGAGGAACAAUAAUACGCCUGUGAAAACACAUGAUGUGAGAGUCUGCGCUGUCAGAGCCUGGGUUUUAACCUGCGCUGAAUAACAGACAGGUCAGUUCCUGCUCUGUUUAUUAGUUUUAGCGUUGCGUUGUUAUACAAAAAUAAGUGUAGAAGUAUGUAGAUGGUUUGUUUUAUUCGUUGCUGAUUAAACAGUAGCAAAGCUGGUUUGUUUCUGUUUCUAAGGAAGAUGAAUAAAAAGAGAAAUAAGAUGAUGGAAACAAAAGUGAUUUUCUUCGACUCCUUUCUUGUCCAUUGAACACCUGCUUCUGAAUUUUACUCCAAACAACACAAAAGCAAUGGAGAAUAAACAGAGGGACAAGACGAGAGGCGGAUACUUCGGCAAUGUCAAGAACAGGCUGGGUACCAGGCUGCCGUCGGGCUUCACACAGCCUCCGGGCUUUGUCACAGGGCCAUGGGACGCCUCAGUUAGUGCUAACGCAGGCCGGGACAUUACAGACACCGGGCGGCAUCACAUCCGCAACCCCAAACUCAGACAGUAUUACCUCAAAGAGGCUGCUUUUCCAUCUGACAUUUCAACGACAAAGACGCUGCAGUCAUUAGCUGAAUCUGGAACAAGCGAUGAGCAAGGGGUUCAUCAUGAGGACACUGUCUUUAGUAUAGCCUCUCAGUUUAGUGGCAGACGAGCAGGCACCACCUUAAUCGCAGAGAAACCCUCUGCCUCGAUGCUCUCUGACCUUUCUGAGGCCAAACUGGACCCUAUGACCCCAACGACCCCAGUGUCCCCAUCCACAGAUGCUGAAUAUGAUAAGCUGCUGGAUGUGGAGGCGGUGCCAUUACCUGAUGGACAGCUCUGCCUGUUGGCACUGCCACCCGAGUGCGCACUGGAGGGGGGGCCAACGGACCUGCCGUGUCUGAAGUUGUUCAGUCGCUUCAUCACCGACCGCAAAGGUGUGGUUUCUGGCAUUCUCCUGGUGGCAGCCAAUAAAAUUUUCUUUGACCCAUAUAAGUCCCUCCCCCUGGUACAGGAGAACGGCUGUGAGGAGUAUCUCUUCUCCUGUCCGGUGGACAAUCUGUCCUCCGUCACGUUCUUCUCGGACAUCUCUCACGUUCACUUCAGCAGGUCCACUCAGAGGUGGAAACGCCAUAAGAAAGCAUUGAAGGGUAAAACUAUGAAAGACCCAGGCAUCCACAUCACCACACCUCGAUCCAAGAUGGAGCCUGCGUCCACGCUGGGAACUGCUGUGACAUCGGACGUGCAGGUGGAUACGGAGGCGCUCGGUGCGGCGGAGGACGAGGUUGGGGAGAGCAGGGACAUGGCUGAGGUCGAACAACAGCUGGAGCAGCUCGCGCUGGAGCUCAACACCAGGCAAGGGAUGUGUUCAGAAGAGCAGCGGUCAGCACGCACUAUGAUGUUUGUGAGGAUGCGUCAGAAGCCCCAGGUGAUCAAGAAGAAGGGUUUCGGGAUGCUGGAGCUCGGAAAAGGAAAGUCAAUGCCGUGUAGAGAUGCCUGGUUCAUCCUGCAGCGAGAGAGUUCAGGUGAGUUGUACACCUACUUGAGCCACCACCGACCUGGCCUUUGCAUCCAGGAAGGAGGAGGCGAGGAAGAGGACGACUUUGUGAUUCUGAGCGAUGGAGAAGAGGAAGAAGAGGAAUUCAACAGAGAUGGGCGCACUGGAGAUGAGUGGGAGAUGGUGUGUGUAGAGGACAGCAGGGUGAAGGAGUCACUCACUAUAGACAAAGAGCCUGACGGAUUGAGUGACAUCGUAAAGCAGAGCCUAAUACUGAAUGCACAGCAGGUUCAAGAGCUGUCGAGAGAGCUGCCGCCCCGUACAGUGGGUCACGUGUGGAGAUUAGCCUACAGCACGAGCAAAAACGGCGCCAGUCUCAAAACCCUCUACAGGAAGCUGAGUGCCUCAGACUCGCCCGUUCUCUUGCUCAUCCGAGACGGUAACGAGCAGGUGUUUGGUGGUUUCCUCUCUCACCCUUUACACCCGAGCGACACUUUUUACGGUACAGGAGAGACCUUCCUCUUCCUACUUCACCCUCGAUUUAAGUGCUUCCGCUGGACAGGUGAAAACUCCUUCUUUAUUAAAGGUGACCUCGACUCCUUUGCUAUCGGCGGUGGAAGUGGACAUUUUGGCCUGUGGCUGGACGAGUCUCUGUAUGUGGGCAGGAGCAGCCCAUGUUACACCUUUAACAAUUGCAGCUUGUCUGAGAAGAGUGACUUCAGGGUGCUGGAGCUAGAGGCCUGGACCUUCUGGUGAUCUCAGAGGUCUCUUGAUUUGAGCUGGAAAAGGGCUGAUUGGUGGCGGAGUGAGAGUCAGGGUGAAGACUUGCUAAGAUCUUGAGGAUCUGCCAAAGUUUGUGAAGUUAUGGAAUGGAAAAGCAAUAUUUGGAUGAAUUUACUUUUUAUUGAGGACAUUAUGUGCAAUGCUAAGGUAAAAAAACAACGACAACAACAUCAUACAUUUUACAUCCUCAUGACUGAAUCAUGUCAUAGGAACUCCAUCAACCAAGAAGCACCUGAUUGCAGUUAUAUAACCUUGUCUAUAUGAGCGAUAAAGUCUCUGUGACAUAUAGCUUCUUAGCUGCGAAUGUUUCGUAUAUUGAUGUAUUUUGUUCUAAAACAGGUAGUGACAAGUUCAACCACUUCAUUGAUUUACCCACCAGCCAACAGCAUUUAAGAUGAAAAAAGUUCACACCCAACUACUUGUUCUGACCGACCGUGUCAGCAAAUUAGCUAGCUAAAUAUGUAGAACAGCCAAAAGUUUAACAAGACUCAGUUACUGAACAAAAAGCUUGAAGGAACCUUAAAGGAAAUGUGUUGUUGUUCUGUCUGAGCAACAUCCAGCAUUGAAGUACACACCAACAAACCUUGUUUGCUGCUAAUGUACUAACUACAGUAAGUACAAUGGCUAGAAUACUAACUACAGUAGCUAACACAUUGCAACACCUGCUUUCAUAUAUGCGCAGAACAUAUGAUUCUAGAAAGCAUUAAUUACCAUGAUUGAAAAACGUAAAAUAAUGGAAAUUAGAGAUGGAAAUAUAAAGGUGGAGAUUAAAGAAACAUUAUACAAUAAUGUUAUUACAGAAAGGUAUUGAAUUGUUCAGAUUUUUCUGUACUGUUAUUUUUGAGGUCAUGAAAUCUCAAAAGACUCUGGUGAUCAGAGGAACAUGGUUAACGCAUGAUACUGUUUGAAACAUUUUUUCUUUUACCUUCUUAGCAACCUGUAAGGUCGUACAAUAUAUGCAACUGCUACAUGAAAACUUUAGAUGCAGAGAUGUGAAAUCACUGCUAGACUUAUACUCUUUGUUUUUGUUGAUUACAAAGUAAUUAAUACAAAAAAAGACCAUUAAACUGUUAGCAAGAAAUCCUGCCCUUUGCAUUAUGAUUGGUUAGAAGAAUUUAUUCCUGUCUACAAUUGACUAGAAACCCAGAGUGUGAAGGUGGGACCUAAAUCGUUUAGUUUUUAGCACAGUUAAGCACAAUAUUCAUUCAUUAUUAAAUCUUAGGCUUACUCUAAACUAUGGUUAUGUAUAAUUAAGUGAUUUACAUUACAAGCGGCAUGGUGGCUUGCACCUCCAGGGGCGAGGAUUCGAUUCCCACCUCGGGUCUGUGUGCAUGGAGUUUGCAUUUCACCCCAUGCUUGGUUUCCUCCAGGCACUCCCGCUUCCUCUUAUAGUCCAAAGCCAUGCAGAUCACACCAAUUGGUGUUCCCAAAUUGCCAGUAGAGUGUGAAUGAGCGUGUAAGAGUGUGUAUGUGUGUGUGCCCUGCGAUGGAUUGGCACCCUGUCCAGGGUGUACCCUGCUUCGUGCCCAAAGUCUCCUGGUAAGUCUGUACACAGGAUAAAGCGGUUUAUUCAGUGAGUGAGUGAGAAUUUUAAAACUGUUAGCAUGCUUGUGUGAGAUUAAGCAAGAAAUUCCUCCUUCUGUGUUAUGAUUGGUUGGACGAAUUCAGUCUCGUUUAUGAUCAUUUAGAAAACUAGAGCACAGAGGCUGGACCCUAUUUGUGUCUUUAAGAGACCCAGAAGUAUCAGAGUCACUCUUGGUUUUGCGAGAUCUUGCAAUAAACCUUUUUUUUUUCCCUUCCCUCUACUUUUUCUUUCAUGUCCCUUUACGGGUUCCGUAUGAUCUGGAGGUAACAGUACAGAAAAAUACAUAACUUUUAACCUUUCUGACUUUGCCUAAUUUAAUGAUAUUUAUAUUUAAUGUCUACAAAUGCAAUUGGUACAUUUUACAGUUUUACUGAAUCAGACCUCCUUAAAGAGUUUAUACAGUAAAGUGUGUUAGAAAGUCACAAUAGACAUAUCUUGAGUAUGUAAGUACAUUGUGGCCAUUUAUCAUUUAUUGCAAUAUUACUUAUUUAUCAUUAGAAACCCCAGCCAUACAGCUGUUUGUCAUUUUUUUGUGUCUUUUUUAUUAGUAUUGUAUCGGUAUAUAUAGCACCAAUGAAGGGAACCAGGUUCGGAAACCUACAACCUCCUGAAACAUCAAUUUUAGUAUAUUUUUAAAGAUUCUGACACCUAGAUGAUUUACUUAAGCUGCCUUUAAACCAAGCCUAAAUCUUCUGUAAGCACUUAAACAAAUUGUAAACCUGCACUGAUGUUAAUAAUAAUAAUAAUAAUAAUA